AAGAGUUUUCAGCCGCUGCCCACACGAACGACAAGUUUAUCAAGAGUUUUAAGGUGCAAUUCAACUCAAUUUAUAACGAGAUGAAGGCCAUCUGGAUUUGGGCCAUCGGCUGCUGGAUGAUGGGAGUCGCCCAGGGUCAGUACGACCCCAACUGCAACGGCAAAACGGCCAUCGUCCAUCUUUUUGAGUGGAAAUGGAGCGACAUUGCCGCCGAAUGCGAAAGGUUUCUGGGACCAGCUGGCUAUUGCGGAUUCCAGGUUUCUCCUCCGUCUGAGCACGUCAUCCUGCCCGACAACAAUCCGCCUCAGCCGUGGUGGCAGCGCUACCAACCCGUCAGUUACAUUUUACAUUCGCGGUCGGGCAAUCCGGACGAGUUUGCCGACAUGGUCCGACGUUGCAACGCUGUCGGAGUCCGGACGUAUGUCGAUGCUGUUAUCAAUCAUAUGAGCGGACUGGGUCGUCUGGGCGUGUCCUACGCCGGGUCGCCCUACGACGGCGAUGCUUUAGAUUUCCCGGGGGUCCCUUUUUCGGCUGAGCAUUUCACGCCGAAAGACAUGUGCCCAUCAUUCGACGGCAACGUCAACAACUACGGAGAUCCAAACAACGUCCGCAAUUGCUACUUGGUCGGAUUGACUGACCUGUACGGAGCCCUGGACUAUGUCCGCGAUAAAGUGGCGGGAUAUUUGAACAGCCUGGUCGCUAUAGGAGUGGCCGGCAUCCGCAUUGACGCCGCCAAACACAUGUGGCCCUUGGAUAUUGCCGCCAUCACGUCCAGGGUCAAUCCACUUCCGACCGAGCACGGAUUCGCCGCCAACUCGAAACUGUUCGUCUACAGCGAAGUUAUCGACCGCAACGACGGAGCCGUUCGGGUCGACGAGUAUUACGACGUUGGGUUGGUGACGGAAUUCCGCUACUGCAUGAAACUGGCCUGGGGCAUCAACGACUACGGCCAGCUGGGCGGACUCAUCGACUACGGAUGGGGCAUGGCCAGGGACGACCGGGCCUUCGUCUUUGUUGACAAUCACGACAACCAGCGCGGACACGGUGGGGCUGGUGACGUCAUCACUCACAAGACGCCCAGGGAGUACAAGCAGGCCGUCUCCUACAUGCUGGCCCAUCCGUACGGAUUCGCCCAGGUUAUGAGCAGCUACUUCUUUGACAAUUCCGACGUCGGGCCGCCGCACAACGACGACUACAGCGCCGUCGACGUGAUUAUUAAUGCGGAUGGCAGUUGCUCCGGCGGAUGGGUUUGCGAGCACCGCUGGAAUCCCAUCGCCAAAAUGGUGCGCUUCCGCAACGCCGUCGCCGGAACUCAGAUGGACAAUUACUGGAACAACGGCGGGGCUGUGGCUUUCUCCCGAGGCAACAAGGGAUUUUUCGCCAUGGCCAAAGGCGGAAGCAUGACUGAAACACUUGCCACCGGAUUACCUGCCGGAACGUAUUGCAACAUUAUCGACGAUUGCGCCACCAGCAUCACGGUGGGAUCCGACGGCAAAGCCCAGGUUCAAAUCGACAACUACGAGGAGCCCAUGUUCGCGGCUUGCGUCGGAUGUGAAACGGGUCCCGUGCCUACGGCGACGGCCGGAACUGCCCGACCCACCGUCCCGACCACGCCCAAAACGACCAUCACCAUCCCGACAGUGCCGUGCUACGGUGCCGGCUGCUCCGUCACAACGACAACCACCGUUCGCCCGCCGAGUGGCAACCGUACGGUGGUUUUCAUCCAGAAGCAAACCAAUCCUGGACAGGAUCUGUUCAUCCGAGGUGGAAUUGACCACACGGUUCGACCAGGCUGCGUUGAAAAUGCCGCAACUUCACCCUGCGCUCUCCCCAUGAAAGUGGGUUCGCUGGGUAUGACGAGCCAUUACGACAAGUACAACGCCUGGGCCAUCGGCGACACCAAAUUGGAUUGGUACGGAGUGGAGGUGGGUCAGGGGGUCUACGCGGGUCAACCCGCUUCCGGCACUCCGCUGGCUUGGACUUCCAACAAAGCAACUGAAGCCGGAUACCAACCACUCAACACGUUUGGCGAUCACUACUGGAUGGUUGAAAUGGACAUGGAUUGCUCGCAAGCGGAGAACACCUGGUUCGAAGUGAAAGCCUUCCUCACCAACGCUGGUAACGGAUGGGAAGCGGAUGUCCUCCAGUCGGCCUGCACCGGCAACGGAGCCGGGACUCCACCUUACGCCAGCCCUACCAAUCACAUGGGUCGGUGCGGAUUCAUCAACGUUUUCACCUUCAGCGGCAAGGGCUGCCAGAUCAUCAGCUUCGAUUAAACCUCGUCCCCGCAGAAAACAAUAAAGAUUAAUAGAUUCAAACUAAAAUUCUGUUCUUCUAUCUUAGGAGGAAAUAAUCAAUACACAAACUUGGCAUGAGUGGAA